UCCAACAGAAAGUCCAGAAGGGAGCAUAACAAGUUCAAUCUCAUGGCAAAGAGGAGCAUUUCAUGUUUCCUUCUUGUUUUGGUGUCACUACUUGCGGUAGCUUUGGCAGAGGCGACAACAGAAUCGCCGGCUGUCUACAUCUUCGGGGACUCAAUCCUUGAUGUUGGGACUAAUAACUACAUACCUGAAUGCCUCGCAAAGGCAGAUUUCUAUUUCAACGGCAUUGAUUUCCCUUACUCGGAGCCAACGGGGAGGUUCAGCAAUGGUCUUAACACUGCUGAUGAAAUAGUGAGGCUGUUGGGUCUGCGGAGGAGUCCACCACCGUUUCUCCAGCUUGUCAAUGAUCCGUUGACUUUCAGGAAGAAUAUACUAAAGGGCGCCAACUUUGCCUCUGGAGGAUCCGGCAUUUUGAAUAGUACUGGACAGUAUCAAUACAUAAGGGUCAUAUCCAUGGGGGAUCAGGUCCAACAAUUCUCAACCGUUCGAUCAAAUAUCACAAAUAUGACGGCCAGUGAUGCAGCAACCGAUGCCAUUCUUUCCAAAGCAUUCUUUCUUAUCAGCGUUGGCAGCAAUGACAUCUUCGAGUACCUGCUUAACAUCACCAGACCACCAAUGACCAUACCGGAGUUCAAUGCCACCCUCGUAUCCACAUAUGAAUACCAUUUAAAGACUCUAUACGAGCUUGGCGCCCGAAAGAUAGGUAUCUUAACCGUUCCACCGAUCGGGUGCACACCAAUUGCUCGAGCUAGAGCCAAUGGUAACUGUUCCGAGCCAGCUCAGCGGUUUGCGCAAGCAUUCUAUACAGAGGCAGUGGCCUUACUAGAAAAGCUUAGCUCCCAAGUCCCAGAUUUAAGGUAUUCGCUGGCCAAUACGUAUUUGAUGACCACCGGUAUGAUGGAAAAUAUGUUCGCCUUCGGUUUAAGGGAUAUUACAUCGGCUUGCUGUGGAAAUGGAACGUACGCAUGCAAUCAAACGGCUAGUUUUUGUUCUAACCGUGACGAAUACUUGUUUUGGGACCAGUUUCAUCCGACACAGCGAGUUUCGGAGUUGGCAGCCUUAACACUAUUCGGUGGAUCAGAAUCGUUUGUGGCUCCCAUGAAUUUCAGUCAGUUGUUGGGGGUUAACAUUUAGGAACCAUCCCCCGCAAGCACACAGUCUCGCAUCUUAAUAUUGUUUUUUAACACAUGAAAGAGUGAAUUUGGGAGGUUCAUUCGACCGCUCCAAUCCAAACAUGCGAUUCCAAUAGCUAUUGGGUCGACCUGUUUGUCCUUACACUUCACGUUCUCAACCUACUCAACUUAAAUAAGAUCAUAUAUGUAAUUUGCAAUAAUCAAGUGGACUACCAUUUUUAACGAGAUGCGAGACAAGUAUUUUCUACACUAUUAUA